ACUUAACUUUAAGACAGCCCACUUCUUUCGCAGACCGAGACACAACUCCCGGAGUGUGGGCGUGGCCUGGAGAGGUUUCCUCCCGCCCCUUCCCCCGCCCCAGGGAAGCUGCUCUCAGCUCAGCGCUGCUGCUGUCGUUUCUCUCGCCGGCUGGCAGAGCGAUGGAAAGUUUCGAGAGUAGUCGGGGAGUCGCACCUGGGAGGACUUGAACGCCGGCGAGCGGGCUGCAAACUGCUGCUGCUGCUGCGUUGCCGCUGAGAAUGGGCCGAGAGUGCGGGGCUCGGGGAGAAGGUGCCGAGCAGCAGGUGGCUGAUGUGGAGUAUAGCUGCUGUAUGAAUUCAGAAGUGUGGAAGGCUGAUAGGAUCCCUCUUGAUGAGGCAUCUUCAAAGAGCUCCAGAAGUUGGAGCAACAUCCACUGUUGUGGCUGUUAGCAAAACAGAGAGGAAGCUGCUUGAACACCUCCUUAUGAAGUGCUGGCAAAGAGAGAUUCCUGAUCUAGUCAAGGAGAUGAACUAAAAUGCAGCAUACGACGUGCACAGAGGACAGGAUCCACCAUGCACUGGAGAGGUGCCUUCAUGGCCUCAGCAAAAGCGCUGUACCCAAUAGCACUUGGACAGCUGGGCUUUGUCUGAAUUGCUGGAGUCUCCAGGAACUGGUUAGUCGUGAUGCAGGGAACUACCUCAUCCUCCUGGAGCAGAUUCUGCUAAAGACCCAAGAGGUCCAGGAUACGUGCAACUACGACCUCUUUACUCCACUGGCCUUGCUUUUUGGCUCAGCUGUCUUGUAUAACCCACACUUCCCUUCGGAGUCUGACCUGCUUCUAAGAGCCAUGAGGAUCUACCAGGACUUCCUCACUUGGCCUGUGCCAUAUUGUGAUAUUUGCCAGGAGUUAUUGACUUUCAUUGCCAAUGAACUCAAAGCCCCAGGGAUUUCAUAUCAAAGGCUGGUGAGGAUGGAGCAGGGACUGCCUGUGAAGGGCUGUGAGAGCUCCACUGUAACAGUCCUGUUGCUGAACCCCUCAGAAGUUGAAGAGGAAUUCCUCUUGGUCGCUGAAAAGCUGAGCACUGCAGAGCACUCGCAGCACAAGCUGCUGGUUACGCUCAUUGAGCACAUCUACCAAGCCAACUUUGGGACCAAAUGCGACCUGCAAAGGCUGCGCCAAGUCCUGAAGCUGAAGCCUGUAGAAGAACUCAUGGAGAUAUUUGCCAGCACCACAGAAGCCCAGGAGAGGGCAGCUGUUGUGAGCGACGAUUGUGCCACAGCCAGGGAGCAGCUGGAAUCUGCCUUGCAGGAGAUUGCAAGGGCAGCUGGGCUGCCAGAAAUCACAGGGGAAGCCAAGAUAUGUAAGCUCUGCCUAAUCCCUAUCCCCAUUGCCCGGUGCUACACCUACAGAUGGGAUAAGGAUAAUUUUGACAUCUUGAACGAAAUACUAAACAAGGAGGGAGCCUAUCCCAAGCCAGUAGUUCUGGAAGAUGAGGAGGAGGAGGAGGAGGAAGUUGACAAUUGCUUUCCAGAAAGAGAUUCCUUGUUGUCCUCUCUUGCCUCAGUCUCGAAAGACUCUGCGUAUUCAUCGUUACUGGGGGACAGCUCACGUGAUUCACAGGUGUCUGUUAUUUCCAAAGAGACUGAGCUCUCGUUGGCCUCUAAAAAGUCCUUUAAGUCUUUUGUCUCCAGCCUGAAAGACUGCAUGGACAGUGGCUAUGCAGAGGACAGCGACGAGAGCUCUCUUGAGUUGACAGGACGCUUGGAUGCAAAGGAGGAGAAGGUACCUCCCAGGCAGCGGCACCGACUGUCUAACAAGAUAUGCAAACUGUUCAAGAGCAAGAGCCAGUUGAUCCUUGGCAGAGAGUUGAGGGACGUUUCUGAGGUGGCCUCACUAUCGCUUCCGCUACGCCGGGCAGAAAGCCUCUGCGAUCCUGUGACCAAGGACCAUGUCCCCACACGCUCACGGCGGGCACAAUCACUUCCCCACCAUGCACUGCGUGCAACACUUUCCCAGGCUCAGAAUGCCUGUGUCCAGCGCAGGCCCAUCCUGAGUUGCGAUGAGGAUCCUAAGAUCUCAACGCUGCGAGUUGUUGUGUUUGGCUCUGAUCGCAUCUCUGGGAAAGUGGCCCGGGCUUACAGCAAUCUGAAAUCUCAAGAAAGCAACUGCCCCUGGCUGACUCGGUACUUCAAACUACAAUUUUUCUAUAUCCCUGUGAAGAGGAGUGGCCCUACCUCAUCUGCACUGACUUACUCUUCUUCUCCGGGAGAUCAUCACUCCCGCACUUCUGGAAAAAUGGAUCCUGGCUUGGCAGAGAUGGAAACUAGCACAAAUGAUAUUUCACUCUAUAUAGGGAUGCUGGAUCCAUGGUACAAGCGCAAUGUCCUUGGGCUAAUGAACCUUCCCACAAAAGUCCUCUGCCAGCAAUCGGUCAAACCUGAGAGUGAGCCCCUAGAGGAAACAGAGCAGUUUCCCAUCCUUGCUGAUAUGAUCCUGUAUUACUGCCGCUUUGCUCGCCGCCCAGUGCUGCUGCAAGUCUACCAGACAGAGCUCACCUUCAUUGGGGGAGAGACAAGGACUGAGAUCUUCAUCCACUCCCUGGAGCUGGGCCACUCAGCAGCCACGCGAGCCAUUAAGGCCUCAGGUCCAGGUAGCAAACGGCUGGGCAUAGAUGGAGACAGAGAAGCAAUUCCGUUAACACUACAGAUUGCCUAUAGCAAGAGAACCAUCAGUGGAAGGAGUCGCUGGAAUGAUGUUGAGAAGGUCUGUACGUCCAUCAACCUCAGCAAGGCCUGUAAGGGGCAAGAAGAGCUUGAUUCAAAAACAGAAUGUUUGACUCUAACUGCAAAAGAGGUAAUUAAGAGGCAAAGCUCCAAGUCCAAGAAGAGUUUCAAUCAGCAAAUCAAUGUUUCUCAGAUGAAAGUAGACAAGGUCCAGAUAAUUGGGAUCAACUGUUCCUUUGCUGUGUGCCUUGACCAGGAUGAACGGAAGAUUCUUCAGAGUGUCACCAGGUGUGAAGUCUCUGCGUGCUACAAACCUAAGAUGAGUGAGCCCAGCAUUGAGGGAAAUCCAACUUCACUUCUUCCUCCCCAAGAUUCCUCCGAUUUCUGCUCGCUCCUGUGCUUGCCUAUUGCCACCUUCAGUGGGGCAUUGCCUUAGGGAAACCAGCAAGGAUGAAGUGAAUGACCUCUUCCCACUUCCUGGUGCUUCUUAAAGUGGCUGCCAGGCAUCCUGUGGACCAGUACUAGCUGGUCAAACAUUUUCUGGAAGAGGAAAACCAUGUCUUCCACCCAUACCUCCCACAGAACUGGGAAUUAAGCACUUGGACUGAAGGACAUUUCUCAUGGAAAACAAGGAUACUCAGCAUCUCCUUGUGUUCCUAUGAGUGCUGCUGAGAAAACUAUUGUUAGAAUGAAGGGGACAGGGACACCUGUGAAAUGCAGAAAUGUGGGAAGCGAUUGACUAGCCAGAACAUGAGCUUAAAUGCAAAGGAGCAUCAUUUGGGCUGAGAGAACUAUGCUCUCCUUUUUGAAAUGGGGCAUUGGAAGACAUGCUUAGCACGAAUGAUACUCAUCACCCUUCAGAAUGGUCCACAUCAACAGAACUCACAUUUUAACACAGCUGAAUGGAGUUUAAAUGCUUAUGGCUUGCUGCAGUUCACAAGCUGCUGGCAUUGCAGUUGUUUACACCCUAACUCUGAUUAUGUUAAAGUCACCUAAAGCUGGAAUUCUUGGAAGCUGGAAUUCUGAAAAGGGGUGGGGGAGGUGGGGGCAAGAGAGGAAGCUAUGGAACAGACAACUCCAUUUGCCCCGUGCUCCUCCAGAUUACAUGCACUAAAGGAGAAACUGGGGUAGGGAAUGAGGAACAGCAAAUGUUCUCAGCGGGAUUGUAUAAUCUGAUGAUGAAUGUUAAAGAAACCAGAGUGCUUCAGUAUAUAAAAGGCUAGGAAGGAAAACAUUUAUUGCUUGACCCCUUUGUUCACGAAUGAGUGUGCUGCCCCUCUGGGGAAAUCCUUGCACAAACAUCGUAGCAUGUUCUAUUUCUCCUACAGGAUCUGAUGGCUCUGAGUGAUUCUUAGCCACCAGUGUUUUUAUUGCAUAGCUGCUUAAACUGCACUGAUAACCACAUUGUCGCAGCUAGAGGAUGUCUGGAAGAUGCCUUACACUUCUGCUUUGGCAUGGAUUGUGCCAAGGCAAAGCUGGCACUUUGUGGAUGGAAAUAUUUCACCUCCCUAGGAACUCUGCAGUCUCUCUCUUACUCCUUAAGGUGUAAAUUGGGCCUGGUUGACCACAGUCCAUUAGUUUUGCACUGAUUGCCACUGCUUCCAUGUUACCUUUGACUGUCUCUUGGGCACCAAAUCUGGUGGGAAAGGGUCAGUCCCAUGAGCCUUAAUGUAGCAGGUCUAGCCAACUCUCUAAACAGCCACAAUACUGUUUACAAUACAGCUGUACAAUUGCUCUGUGGUUGAUGUGGAGGUUUGCUUUUUUGCAAGUUUUCAUGACCACAACAGUUACUAUGUAAAUUCAGGGGGAUGUGGCCUGUUCAUAUGUUCUUGAGUGUGUUGAGCUAGAACAGUACAAGUAAAAUGGUACCAAAAGAGACGGUCAUGGAACUUGUAUGAGCAGUAGCUGUAAGUACAAGUGAAGCCACAACACAAGACUGAGAAAUAACUACUUUGAUUUCUCUUGUUCUGUAGUGAGAGUACAUUGUUUCUGGAGGAAAACAGCAAUGUCCAACUAAGAAACCUAGGUUGCACUGAAUUAAGCCAUCUUUUGAUUCCCCUCCCCACCCCCCAGUACAAUAUGCUAUUUAAAAACAUGGGUAGAAUGCACAUGGUAAUGAACUUGUCACUCAGGUGGAGGGAUGAUAAAGAAGGUGUAGAACUCUUAGCUCAACUCCUGUGUGGUUGGUGUGUGUGUGUGUGUGUGUGUGUGUGUGUGUGUGUGAGUGAGAGAGAGAUCGAGAGAGAUCGAGAGAUCGAGAUCCAGGAAACAUGGAAAGAAAAGUCCAAGAUGUCUAUAGGUUCCUUCCACCUUUUUAUACUCAACUUUUUAUUCUGCAAAAGAUUAACUUGGUGGAAAAGCAUGAUUUACUCAGGUCUACUUGCAGAAUACUUUCUUCUGGAAAGAGAGUAACUAAAAAAUCUACUCACUUUAAAAAAGAUCCCAGGGGUCAGGUGCAAUGCAGAUUUUUCAGAACACCAGCAAGUAGUUUAGUUCUCAGAAAACUUUGUUUGAGAAACUGGGAAAGAAUGUAGAAUCCAGUUCUUUCCUGGAAACUGCCAGCGAGGUCUGCCCUCUCUUUCAUACCAGAGCCAUAGGAUGCCACAAAAUGAUGCUAUAAGAGCUUCAUAUCCCAUUCAUCCCAUGGCAAAAGGAGCUGACUGCUUCUGGCUACAGUUGAAAUCUAACACUUUGCCCUCUCUCAGGAUGGUCUAUGUAAUCUGCUACAAGCACCCUGGGAAUGAUAAAGUGGCUUGCAGCCACAAUGGUGGCAAGGGCCACUGUACCUUUCAACAGAGGCUGAUAAGAAACUUUUAAAAUGGGGAGGGAAAGAAGCAUAAAUCUUUUGCUCAUGCAAGGACUGCCUCCUAUAGUUAAGCUGUACAUAACCAGCCAUGUAAAUACCUGUGUCCUAAUUUUAUAAAAGAUUGAGGUUUUAAUGAAAAUUGUAAAAAAGAAAACUUGAAAUAAACAUUUUCAUAUAAUGGCUUAUGA